AGGAGACCACUUGCUCGCUCGCUCUGUCUCUCUGUGUCUGUCUCCCUGCGUCUGUCUCUCUGUCUCUCGCUCUCUGUGUCUGUCUCUCAGUGUCUGUCUCUCUGUGUCUGUCUCUCUGUCUCUCGCUCUCUGUGUCUGUCUCUGUGUGUCUGUCUCUCUGUGUCUGUCUCUCUGUGUCCGUCUCUGUGUGUCUGUCUCUCUGUCUCUCGCUCUCUGUGUCUGUCUCUCUGUGUCUGUCUCUCUGUGUCUGUCUCUCUGUGUCUGUCUCCCUGCGUCUGUCUCUCUGUCUCUCGCUUUAAUCGGAGUUAGAGACAGAGGCAGGUGAGGGGUGAGAGAGAGACAGUGGGAUGGAGACACCUGGAGCUUAAACUCCAUCCGAGGAAGAGGAAUUUCGCUCGUAGCGUUUGUGCUCUCAUUUGUGGAGAUACGAAUUGAAGAUGCCCAUCGGAUCAUCAUUAUAAGAAGAAGAGGAAGUUGGUGGUUGGUGCUGGUGGUGGUCUCCGAACGGGGGAAGAUGCUCACGUCAGUGCUGGCGCUGUGCUGCUGUGCCGGAUUGGUGGCUGCGACACCAACAGAGUAUCCGUGUCCUCAUGGAUUCUACCACGUGGAAGAAACUAACCUUUGCUGUGAGCUGUGCAAGCCAGGGCAAUUCGUUGCGAAUAGAUGCACAGAAAACAAAGGCCCCUCGACCUGUGGGGAAUGUCCUAACGGAUACUACAUGGCCGUAGAAAACUACCUAUCAAGAUGUUGGAAAUGCAACGAAUGUGAGAAAGACGAGGAAAUUGUCCAGCCUUGCACCGAGAACUCCGACAGGCUGUGCCAAUGUAAAGCCGGUUUCCACAAAGCAGACGGAGACGAUAAGUUCUGCGUACAAGAUCCAAGCAAUGCAAUUCCGACCGGUGCACCCAGCGGAGGAGGCAAUACAGCGGGCAUUGUGGUGGCCGUGGUUCUGCUGCUUCUGUUUGGCGCUGCUGUUGCUGCGUUCAUUUACAAGAAGAAGGGGGGGAAAUUUCCAUGCGACGGGGAGCCUGGUAACCCUGAUCAGCCCGGAUCGACUGCAUCGCCUCUUCUUACGAAGAAUAAACAAAACCCUGAGGCUGUACCUUCCACAGAUUCUAUCGAAGUAAAAUUCAUCAAAGGAAAUCGCGCCGAGAUCGUUCGCAUCGUCUGCGACGAUCCGGGCAGCUUGCUGGGCGAGGUGGAAUCGCUGGGAUACGCAGAUGUGCACAGCGGAGCCAUUGCUCAGAUAAACAAGGUUGACACCAUGGCGUCCCCGUAUACGCUGAAGAUCAUUGGUGGCCAAGGUGGAAACGCGUUCUCGUUUGACGGGCAGGAGAAUGUGGCCACGCUGCAGAAGCUCUCCGUGAGCGUUGGAGGCUGCCAGGUCAGGGGCAUCGAAGUGUGGCUGACGGACGGGCGCAGGAAGACAUUCGGCACCAUGUACUCCUCCGCUCAGAAGUUCGAAUUCAAGUCGGGCGAGUUCAUCACGAGCCUCUCGCUCUGGAACAACGAGGCCGGCACGCACCUGGGCGCCAUCAAGUUCAGAACGAGCCACAGCCGCGAGUUCUUUGCCAACAUGACGGACUUGGAGCUCAAGAACGAGUACAAGAUCGACGUGGGCUCUGGCAUCUGCUUGGGCGUUCAGGGCCGGGCGGGGUCCGACAUCGACUCCAUGGGCUUCCUCUUCAUCAAUGCCAUAAAGUCGUCGGUGAUCCAGGACAUGAAGUACCCGACUAUGCACCAGGUUCUGCCCAACGUGCAGACGGAGGAGAUUAAAGAAAUGCAGUACAAGAACGAAACCAGUGUCGAUCAGUCCUACACCUUCGAGAGCUCCAAGAAGAUCAACAAAACGUCAUCCUGGUCCACCACCAACAACAUCGCGUUCACCUUCAGCCUGACGGUGAACGCCGGUACUCCCAAGAUCAUUGAGGUGGGGGGCGGGUUCAGCUUCGCCGAGGGCAUUGAGAGCAAGCACAAGGUGGAGGAGUCCGAGGAGGAGACUGAUACGCUCACGUUCCCAGUCUCUGUUCCGCCCCACAAAACCAUCAACGUGGUCGCCACGAUCGGCCACGUCAAAAUCGUCCUUCCUUACACGGCCCUGCUGCGCAUCACCUGCGUGAAUGGCGCAUUCCUUGAUGCUCCCCUAAACGGCGUCUACAGGGGACUCACUUACACCAAGAUGGCGGCUGUCACUACUGAGAGCUAGAACGGCGUUUUCCAGCAUCUUUGUUUUGGUGAUGUUUUCAAAGUGUUUUAAAGGAAUGUUUUUUGGCUGUGUAAAAUCUUCUUACCUAUAUAAGUAUUGUAGUAAAAGGUUUUUACCCUUUUAUCUGGUACAAAACUGACACCUUUUAGACAAAAGUAUAUAAGUAUUUCUUUGUCUUUCUGUUUGUCUGUCCGUCUGUGUGUCUGUCUGUCCGUCUGUCUGUCUAUCUGCGCGGGUACCUUGUCACCUUUUUAACUGACAAACUGUGGGGUUUACGUAUAGAAAAAGUACACGGAUACCACGCUGCAAGGCCGUAGCCAUGGAGUCAACAUUGGGGGGGUACCAAAUCUUCCAGGGGUUCUGGGGGUCCCCCAAAAAUAUUUAAAAAAUCACUAACACAUGGGAUGGACUUUUUAUUUAUUAUUUGCAAUAAUAUCUAAUAGUGUAUUUUAUUACGUUGCUCUGUUUUUUAUUUUUUAUCUUUUCUUCAUUCAUUGUAUGUGUAAUAAAGGUCGUGGAAGCGACU